AUGUUCAAGCAGUCAGUACGGAAGUUAGCUACUGAAGCUACAGCACAGCUGCUGUCCGCAUCCACAGCAUCAUCGUUACACAUCGCACAGCCACCUAAAUACACGCUUGCUCAAUUACGAACAUUCCCCAAUCUACAACCAACGACAUUCAUUCCGCUUCCUACAACGUUCUUCAACACGUACAUACCAACCAGACGAGACUUACUAUGGAGUGCUGCUGUUUUCGAAGCCGAUCGCGCACGUGUUGGAUCUAAUUAUGUCACAUUGAAAUCGGAUUCUCCAUACUCAAACCGUAAAUUGCGUCCCCAAAAGGGGUCAGGUAGAGCUCGUUUGGGUGAUGCCAACUCACCUCAUAUGGAUAAUGAGAUUAAAGCGCAUGCAAUUAAAGGUCCGCAUGAUUGGAGCACCGACUUGCCAGCAAAGAUUUAUGCAAAAGCGGUACAGACUGCAUUAACAACACAAUAUAAACUGGGGAACUUGUUUGUCAUUGAAAACGAAUGUGACUUUGACCAAGCCAAUGUCGAGAUAACGCAGAGUUUUGUUUCAAGUCAUAAAUUGAACCAGUUGAAUAUAUUGUUCAUCACUGAACAAAAUAGAGAUAAGUUGACAUCAAGUUUGAACCAAUUUUUCUUGAAUGAGAAGGAAUUGAAGAAAAUGAACAGAAGGGAAAGGGCUAAAGCAGUUGCAAAGGUUAAAGGUAAGGUCAUCCAAAAGGAGGCUGUUGAAGUGAGGGACAUUUUGAAGGCUAAUCGUGUCUUUGUCGAGUUGCCAGCUUUGCAAUGGCUCAUAAGUAAGUAUAGUAUAUGA